UUCUCGGAGGGGUCUGGCGAUCGCCGGCUGCUUCGGACGUGUCCUGCCAGGCCUGAAGAAGGAGAGAUGGGCUUGGGCCGGAGGUUCUAGCUGAGGAAACAGUCUCUUUGUUAUGAUGCCAUCCCGAAACAAUGUAACUACUGGGAUCCCCAGUAGUAAAGUGAAAUAUUCUAAGCUUUCUAGCACAGAUGAAGGCUACAUUGACCUUCAGUUUAAGAAGAGCCCUCCCAAGAUCCCUUACAAGGCAAUAGCACUUGCCAUAGUGCUAUUUAUGAUUGGCACCUUUCUCAUUGUUAUAGGUGCUCUGCUGUUAGCUGGAUAUAUCAGCAAAGGGGGGGCAGACCGAGCCAUUCCUGUCCUGAUCAUUGGGAUUCUGGUAUUCCUGCCAGGAUUCUACCACUUGCGCAUUGCCUACUACGCUUCCAAAGGCUACAGAGGCUACUCUUAUGAUGACAUUCCGGAUUUUGAUGACUAG